ACGUGACGUCACGCCCUUGUGGGAACGCCCACUUGGAGGGCAAAAGACACUAUUUCAACUGCCGGUCCGCUGCCCGCCAGCUACUUUUCUUUGCUAGCUUUGGCUUAUCUUUUACCAAAAUGCCAGAUAGUUGUUGUGCAAUUGGCUGCACAAAUCGACGAGGAGACAAGCCUGGGUUGUGCUUUUACAGAAUCCCGUCUGAGAAAGAAAACCCAGAGAGGAGGAGGUUGUGGAUAUGUGCCUUGAGACGUGCCUCCGUCCCUGGAAAACAAUGGCAACCAUCCAAGUACACACGUCUUUGUAGCGAACAUUUCAUCAAAGGUGCCAAAUGUGACAACCCGUUGUCCCCUGACUGGGUUCCAUCCAUCUUCUCACACAUUCCAGCCACCAAGAAGAGGAAAAGGGAGAAAGACAUGGAAAGGUAUGAGCAGCACAGCAGAAUGAAGAACAAGAGGGUGGAGGAGAAAAAGAAGAAAGAUGCAGUGGAUGUCCUCCUUGACCUGUCAUCAGUACCAGAUGCUGGACCUGCGCCACCUGUUGUGGAUGAACAACAGUGUGACAACAAGCCAUGCAAGGAAAACAUUGAAAGAUUACAAAGGGAGUGUAAUGACCUCAGGGAGGAAAACCGUAAACUGAAAGAAAUUAUUAAAUCAGGAACAUUUGAUGAACUGGCUUUUGAAAAAAGAUGA